UUAUCUUUUCACACAUUCAUCACGCUGAAAAGAUCUUGUAUCUUUCAGAUGAGCGAUCUAUCGGAUAGCCAGCAGCUCGGAUCAGGAGGUCGCGCCUUUGACGGGGAAUCGGACCAGGAGAGGGACAGUUUUCUCCCUACGGACAUCUCCGAAAUGGAGGCCGCGGAGAUAGAGUUAGGUCCUAUGUCUUCUGUGGAGAUCGAGAAGAUGGUACGGGAGCUUACCGAACCUGGGGCAAUCGAUAUCCGAGAUAGUGAAUCCACAGUGUCAGCUCGCGACUACCUCAUCCGUACGAGGCAGGCUCCUGACAUCGAGGUCGAGGAGGUGGAGGAGGGAUGGACUACUCCAGCCCGCGAGUCAGGUGGGGAAGAAGAGGAAGCGGAAGGGAGCGGGACGGACUCGGUUGACGACUCCCAACUGAACGAGCCUUUCUCAUGCGAAGACCUAGUCUCGCGAGUCGUCAAGUCUGACUUCACCACUUUCGUGAGGUUAAAUCUGUUGCGGCUUGCGUUUCAAAGUCCCAAACCCUCUCAGAGAGCGCAUCUUCCGUUCACCAACCCUGCGAUCAUCCCUACGGAGGACGUGGUCAUUUCAAUACCCAUUCUUCGAUGUGGUGUAACAGUCCCAUUUCAUCCUUUCGUCGCAGCCAUUCUUAGACGCUACGACGUAUCGCCUUUUCAGCUAACACCCAACAGUUAUCGCACUGUUCUAGCCUUCUAUGCGAUGUACAUGGAGUACGCCCAUAGAGCUCCGUCAGUAGAGGAAUUUAGUUAUUUUUAUGACAUAAAGAGCGUGGGCCUUCAUAACGGCUUCUUUUGCUUUAGUAAAUGGGCGACUUCUGAAAUCAACGGGGUUGAGGGGAUGGUUUCGAACAUGGGUGAUUGGAAGUCAAAAUGGUUCUACGUUUUUAAGGUUCCUGGGAUCAGAACCGACUUUAAUCGCAGACCCAAUAGACCAGCUCGACCAACGCUUAACGCUCAUAAAAAGGGGGUAGCUGAAAUUCUUGGGAGUCUUCCGGUACAAGAUCGCGACUGGCGAUUGCUGUGUACGACUGCCAAAUUGCGAGAACACAAACUGAUCCCUGAGAACGCGAGUCUUCAACGGGAGCCAGUAUAUAAAGAACCAUCUGAGAGACAGCAGGAGCGGAUAGAUAAACGGCUUUCCAAGCAAACUCCUCGAGAAACUUCAGACAUGACUUUCCUGAAGUCUGCCCCUGUCCUGAAGAUCAAGCAAAAGGGUGGGACACCGGCAUCUUCACCAGUCGUCGCACAGAAGAGGAAGAGCGAUGUGAUGACUUCGCUCGCUGCAGAUUCCUCCAAGAAGUUGGCCAAGACCACUCAGGAUAAGGGGAAGAAGGUUGUCAUUGAUUCUCCGGUUCGCCCUCGCGACUUCCUGGCUAUGCAGGAAAAAUUACUGGCCGAGAUUCCUUAUGAGGAACUUGUUUCUCGAUCAACUGAACUGGCCGCACAAUCUGUGGCUUUGUUUAUGAAAGCCGUGGCCACGCCUUCGAAGGAAACUGACUCGCUGAAGAGGCAGAACGCCCAUUUUCAGGAAAACAUAAAGAGGCUGAAGCAGGAGGUGGCCAAGAUGGAGGAACUUCACAAGGAGCUCGAGGAAGCCAACAGGGCCAAAGAACAGUUGGAGCUCGAGCUCAAGAAGUCGCAGGACACGAUCGCUGAGAUGGCUCGCGACUUAGAGGCUGAGAGAGAGAGUGGGAAAAAACAGUAUGAUCAGGCUGUGUCUGAUUAUAUUUAUACUACUCUCUCUAAGGUCCCUGACUUCGACUUCUCGCUGCUUGGAGAUGAAGCUGCUGAAAUGGCUGAAGCCUUUCGCUCGAUGUCUCCUACCCGGACUCAAGGCAACCUUCCAGAUGAAAUCGAGGGAGCGCAGGCUGAGGAGGUCGAGAAUGAAGUUGUGAGCAAGAUCGUGGAUGAGGCUGCUCCUGAUGAGACUACUCCCGCUGCUUGAUU